AUGGAUAUCCAGAAGUACACCGACCGCUUCACAGAGCUGUCUAAAUUUGCUGGUACUGUCAUUCCCGCCGAAGCUGAGAGGGUGAAGAGAUAUAUAAAGAAGAUGAAUCCGAGGGUAAGGACUCUGGUGCUGUGUUCGGGGGUUACCACUUUUCAAGCUGCUUAUGAGAUGGCCCUGAUUGUCCAUGCAUCAGUCAAAGAGGAAGAAGCUAUUAAGGUUGCUCCUGUGAGGAAGCCUUUUCCGUUUGUUGCUCCAGGUCCAGCUAAGAAGCCGAGGUUUGAACAAAGUUUUUGUGGUGGGUAUCAAGGCUCCAGUUCUAGGCAAAGUGUUGAUCCGUCCAAGUGUCGGAGGUGGGAGAAGCCUGUGCAUCUAGGGAAGGACUGUGAUGGAGCUGCUAUUGUCUACUUCUACUGUAGGGAAGUGGGUCACAAGAGUUAUGAGUGUUCCAAGAAUCCGAGGGCUACAGCUAAGCCUCCUGUUCCUCCUAGUCUUUCUGCUCCGCCGAAGAAUCGUGUUUACAGCAUGACUCAUUCCGACGCCGAUGUUCAUCCCGACGUCGUCUCUGGUAUCUUUCUUGUUAAUUCUGUCCCUGCUUUUGUGUUGUUUGAUUCUGGUGCUUCCGUGUCAUGUGUGUCUAAUUCUUUUGUCAAGAAAGCUAACCUGUCUUCGAGUUCUCCUAUUCAAACUCUUAUAUCUCUACCUUAUGGGGAGAACUACCCUUGUCUUGUCGAGUAUCGUGGAGUGCCUAUCUCUGUGUUGGGUAUUGAUCUUCCGGCCGAUCUCAAGGCAUUCCCCAUGAUUCAUUGUCGCGAUAAAAAAACGACUCUUCGUAGUCCGUGUGGCAAGCGUAUCUCCUAUAGUGGAUUGGUGUUGAAGAAAGGGGUGAAAAUCGUAUCUGCUCUCAAAAUGCAAAAGCUCCGUCAGAAUGGGGAGCAAGUGUUCCUCUGCAUGGUGAAAGAUUUGAGCCAAGAGAUGAAAUUGGAGGAUAUUCCCGUUGUCCGUGAGUAUCCGGACGUCUUUCCCAAUAAGCUACCAGGUAUCCCUCCUGAGAUAGAGGUCGAGUCAGCAUUGACCUGA